UGUCUGGUGUGUACAGCUGCUGCAAAUCGGGCGUGAGAGAGCAGCAGACGCGAGGCGAGCGUGUCUGAAGCCUGCAGCUGUCGGGAGCGCAGGAUCCGGGAUAUGAUCAUGGAUAAACCCGAAACCCCGCCGGUGUAGGACCGAUCAGGGCGCUCCCGACCGGGGGAAAAGUUUGUAAAGCGACGCUGCAAAGAACUCAACGGCGGAGGUCUUUCCCCGGUCCCUCCCUGCUGGAAGAAAUGUGGCUAAAUCCGGAGGAAGUUCUGCUGAAAAACGCUCUGAAGCUCUGGGUGACCGUGAGGAGCAACGACUUCUUCCUCCUGCAGAGGAGGAGAGGCCACGGAGAGCCGACGGGCAGGAUCACAGGUCUCCUGGUGGGGGCGCUGGACACGGUGCUGGACUCCAAUGCCAGGGUCACACCAUUCCGCAUUCUCCUCCAGGUUCCCGGCUCCCAGAUCAGCUGGGUCAUUGCCAGCGGAGCCGCCAUAGAGGAGGUGAACAAACACUGGGACUGGCUGGUCCACAACCUGCUUCGCUCUCUGUCUGUGUUUGAGAAUAAAGAGGAUGCUGCCAGCUUUGUCAAAGGAAAGGUCAAGGGACUUAUUGCAGAGGAGGUUCGAGGUCCCCAGGCGGCUCAGGAGGAGGAGCCAGAGAAGUUCAGGGAGGUGCUGUUGAAGUUUGAGCUGCACUUUGGCCUCCCUUCGUCUGAGAAACUGGUGACGUACUACUCCUGCUGCUGCUGGAAGGGCCGGGUGCCUCGGCAGGGCUUCCUCUACCUUAGCAUCAACCACAUGGCCUUCUACUCCUUCCUGCUGGGGAAGGAAGUAAAGUUUGUGAUUCCCUGGGCAGAGGUGACGCGGUUGGAGCGGGUCUCCACCGGUCUGAUGACGGAGGCCAUCCGGGUCAACACACGGCAGCGACAGAGGGAAUUCUCCAUGUUCCUCAACCUGGACGAGGCAUUCGGGGUCAUAGGUCAGCUGGCUGACAUUGCUCUCAGGCGGCUGCUGGACAGCGAAGGCCUGGAGCUGGACCGAGUCCUGCAGCAGCCCACACGCAUCACUAAGAGAAUCCUAGAGGAACAAGCUUUAAGGGAGUACGUUCUAGCUCUGUUUCGGCUCCCUCGUGGUGAGCGACUCCACGAGGUGGCCUCCUGUUCGGUAUGGACACCACACGGACGUUGCCACACAGCCGGGACCCUCUACGCCACUGACAGUUAUCUGUGCUUCUCCAGCCGAGAGGAAGGCAGUUGCAUCCUGCUUAUACCCCUCUCAGAGGUGUUGUCCAUAGAAAAAGUGGAGAGCACCAGCCUGCUCCCUAACCCCAUCAUAGUGAGUGUUCGGACUAAGAAGGCCUUCCAGCUGAUCGAGCUGCCGGACAGAGACGAGCUGGUCGACAACCUGAACUCCAGACUCCGAUCUCUGCAGUGGAAACAGACCAUGUUCCGCAGCAAGAAAGACGGCAGGAGGAGCAUGAGCGCCCCAACACCUUACUACACCUUCUACUACGACACCGGGCACUCUGAUGAAGAAGAGAUAGAGGAGCAGGUUCUGCGUAACACCAUCAACAGCGAGGCUCUGAUGACGGCCUUCCACCAAAACCAACCAGGAACCAACAGCAACAAGAGCAUGGAGCAGGUGAAGGAGCAGCUGUGGGAGGAUCAUUUCUUGGAGUUCGGUCGUGGUGUCCACAUGUUCCGCACAAACAAGAUCCAAAGACUUGUUGCCAUGGGGAUACCAGAGUCUCUGCGAGGGGAACUGUGGAUGACACUUUCUGACGCAUCCUCGGAGCUAGAGUCCCACCAGGGCUAUUACACCAGCAUGGUGCAGAAGUCCAUGGGCCUGAGCAGCCUGGCCACAGAGGAGAUUGAGCGGGACCUUCACCGCUCUCUGCCGGACCAUCCCGCCUUUCAAAACCCCACCGGCAUCGCUGCACUGAGACGCGUCCUCACCGCCUACGCUCACCGCAACCCCAAGAUCGGAUACUGUCAGUCUAUGAACAUCCUGGCGUCGGUGCUGCUGCUCUACGCUAAAGAAGAAGAAGCUUUCUGGCUGCUGGUGGCAGUUUGUGAGAGGAUGCUUCCUGACUACUUCAACCGCAGGGUCAUAGGAGCUCAGGUGGACCAGUCCGUGUUUGAGGAGCUGAUCAGGGAGCGUUUGCCAGAACUGGCUGAACACGUUCCAGACCUCUCCACCCUCUCCUCCGUCUCCCUCUCUUGGUUCCUCACCCUCUUCCUCAGCGUCCUGCCCUUCCACAGCGCCGUCUGCGUGGUCGACUGUUUCUUCUUCCACGGAAUCAAAGCCAUCUUCCAGUUGGGUUUGGCAGCACUGGAGGCCAACUCUGCACAGCUCUCGGCCAGCACAGACGAUGGACAGGCUCUUAUGAUUCUCUCGAGUUUUCUGGACCAGGUUGGAAGUGAAGAGUCGUCCUGUCCUCCGUCCUCCCCGCCGGCUGCAGAGGAGACUAGCAGCAGCGACACUGAUAUUCCCGCUGUGGGACCCACAAACAUCACUGACCUCAUCAACGAGUCCUACGAGAAAUUCGGGGACCUGACAGUGCGGCAGAUUGAGAAGCUUCGCUGUCGACACAGAAUCCGAGUGCUGCAGGCUCACGAAGACACCACCAAAGAAAAUGGUUUGAGAAUAGUGACUCCAGAUGUUUCCAUCUCUCCAGAGAAGUUGGCUGAUGUCUACGACCUCUUCAAGACAGAGCACUUCAUCAGUCUGUACUGGGGGGACAGCAGCUCCGCAGCAGCAGCAGAGGCGGCAGCGUGGCGUUACGCUGACUCAGGCCGCUCCUAUGUGGAGCGGCAGUACCGGCUAGAUCGGCCCCAGUUUAAGAGCCUGUACGGGCUGCUGACGCCAUGGCCCGGCAGCUCAAACCAGCACUCCGACACACUGGCCAACCGCACCUUCACCCUGCUGGACCAGGACUGCGACAACCUGGUCACGUUUAGAGAGUUUGCUGGCUGGCUGGACACUUUGUACUGUGAAGAGCUGAAUGAGAAAAUAAGGCUGCUGUACCGUCUGCACAUCCCACCAGCUCUGACAGAAAGUGAGGCUGACCCCUCUUUGAUGAAGAGUCCCCUGCUGUCCACAAACAGACCCCUCUAUGUUAAUCUGCCCUCUGAUGUUGAAGGUGACGUGACAGAUUACCAGGAGCAGCUGAAGAAGAUGCUGAAGGAUCUGGUCAAAGAGAGGGAGAAAGAUGUGGAGAAGCCUCUGCCACUCAUGAACCAGCGUGAGUUUAUCCAGUUCUGUAAAACGCUCUACAGCAUGUUCCACGGCGACCCAGAGGAGAACGACCUCUUUCAGGCCAUCGCUACGGUAACGAGCCUGGUGCUCCAGAUCGGCGAGGCCAGCCACCGUGGACACAGCUCGGGGUCAGAGGUCACCAGCCAGGAGGAGAAGAGAGGAGGCGCUGAAGAUGCUGGGGUCGAUGCCAGCAGAGGCAACGGGAGUUUGGCAGCAGAGAACGAGUGGACAGUCAGCUACGCUCAGAUCCUGGCGUCGCUGCUCACUGAACAGGCGCUGGUGAACUUCUUCGAGAAGCCGGUGGAUCUGUCCGCUAAAGUCGCAGAGGCCAAGGAGAAGCAGUACCACCAGCGGGCGGGUUUGCUCACACUGCAGCAGGGGACCAGCUAACUUAAAUGUGAACAAAUGUAAGCGGCGACACAAGCCAACAUUUCUAAUGAAGGAUACCAAAAUAACAGUAUAAUUUGACACAAUGUGAGAGAAUGCAGCCAGGAAGCUAAACGUUACAGUUAUCUGUGAGAUGUAAUUAAUAGUAUGACUGCAGGCAGCCACACUGGCAGGACCAGGCCUGUGACUCUUUGACCUAGUUUGGCCCGGAAUUGACAACAGAAAGGCGUUUGUUUUCCCCCCCAAAACAUUUUGAUCCAAAAAGGUCAUUUUCAAGCUAAAAUCUCAGCAGCAGGCCAUGUAAUGGUCGACUCACGGUAUCAGCCAGCAACAUUUCUGACAUCGGAAGAACAUUUUGUGCUCUGGGCCUGGAGAAACUCUGAUGAUUGCCUUCUUACAUCACCAUGAAGAUGCCUGCAGUUGAACUGUGUUGUGGACAAAUAAUCCAUCACCACUUUCUAAUAAGGCACCCCUAAUAAGUUUUGAUUGACUUUAUUAAAGGUCUAUAAAUAAUGGGCUAAUUCUUUAUAGAUCAUUUAUACGCCAUUCAGUUGAUUGCCAGGUUGUGAAACAUCUUGUGCUUUCUAAUAAGCCAUUAAGUUUGUUAGCGUUAAACAUUCCUCACUUUAUAUCAAGCAAAAGCCAAAGUUAGUAAGUAAUCUGUAAUGUAAAUGUAAACAGGUUAAUAAAAUGAUUUUAAAUAAAUCCAA